UUAAUUUAGUUUUCCAUUAACAAUUAAACUCGUAUUAUAUGUAAAUUAAAUCACAAAAUGAUCAUCACCUUUAAAAGAGUAAUUAUCAUUACCAUUUUAAUUGUAUUCUCAACAACGAUCAGUGUGUCUGCUCAAAAUGAUACUCGAUGUAAAGCCUUAGGGGAUGAAUUAGAUUCACUAAUUAAAGAUGUACUUCACAUGAAGCCGAAUCCAUUGUUUCCCAAUUCAACUGAAAAUCGAGAUCUUUUCUGCCGACCAUCGAAAGAAGUUCUUAAAAAGGCCAAUAUUUACGCUAAAUGUUUACCUCGAUUCCAAUCGCAGGUCAUUUCAAUCGUAGCGAAAGGAACCCGAAAACCAGUGAAACAAAUCUGUGAUGGAAAUGGAACAAAAAUCAUCGAGACUUAUUCUUGUAUGGAUCAAUCGUUCAAAGAGGCUCUUCAUAAACAAGAAUCAAUUUUUCUUAAUUCAUUGAUUGUGAUUAAGGAAAAAAUCUCUCAGGAUAAAGUUCAUUCAGCUUUUUGUUGUACAGCUCGAAACAUUUCUGAAAGUUUAUUGGUUAAUCUGCCACAGAUUAAGUGUAAAGAUGAUCCAACAAUUAACUUACCCAAAUACUUUUACAAUCUAAUUGAAGCUUCAUUAGGAGACACGUUGGACUUAAUUUGUGGUUCAUUUCCUUCAUUCAAGGUUUGCCUUGAGAAAGCCGUUGAUUCAGUUAAAUUGUUGGAAGACAAUUAUUCAUCAGCAAUUGAUACCAAAGAAACACCUCUAGUUGAAUCAGUUUUGUCAAUUAUUAGUAAACUUGCAAGUUAA